GAUGCUGCUGUGACAGAGGAGCAGCGGACGGUCAAAGAGGAGGCGCAGCAGCUCCGCGUUACCGGGAACACUGAACGCACUCUGACGGGGGACCGAAGCAGCUCAGCCCGCGGCUGCUGAGCGGAGGAUUUACCCGAAAACCUUUCACUGACACACGGAGCCUUUUCUCCCGUUUAACUCGGAGGAUUUUAGCGGGACUGGAGGAAGUGGAGGAGACAGACUCACUCUUUUCUUCCUCAACUGUGAGCGGGGACCUCUCUGCUCCUCAGCAUCUCCUCCGGAAUGCACGCAUCCUCCAGGAGAACCUAGAAAAUGGAAGACAGUGUCCGUCUGCAAAGAGCCAUCAACAACCACAACAGCUGGAUGUGAUAGGCCGUGACAUCUGUCAAUCAAGCAGAGACUUGUACAGUGUCGCUCUAUGAUUGCGUGAGCUCGUUGCCAAUCAGCAGCAGCGUGAGGACCAGUGGGGCGAGCGGCAGCAGUCACAGCAUGGACGUCAGACUCAAACGCCUGUGGCCUCUCACCAGGGGAGCUCUUCAUCUCCUGCUGCUGACCAGGCUGGUGCUGCCCUCACAAUCAGAGAGCACGCCCAGCUUCAUCAAGUCCCCCGACGAUCAGACGGGGAUAUCGGGCGGCGUGGCGUCGUUCGUGUGCCAGGCGGUGGGCGAGCCCAAACCUCGCAUCACCUGGAUGAAGAAGGGGAAGAAAGUCAGCUCUCAGCGCUUUGAGGUGAUCGAGUUUGAUGACGGCUCAGGCUCGGUGCUGCGUAUCCAGCCUCUGAGGACCCACCGCGACGAAGCCAUCUACGAGUGCACGGCCACCAACAGCGUGGGAGAGAUCAACACCAGCGCCAAACUCACCGUCCUCGAAGAGGACCAGAUCCCUCACGGUUUCCCCACCAUCGACAUGGGGCCUCAGCUCAAGGUCGUGGAGAGAACGCGCACUGCGACGAUGCUGUGUGCGGCCAGUGGGAACCCCGACCCGGAGAUCUACUGGUUCAAAGACUUCCUGCCCGUGGACAUCAGCAGCAGCAACGGGCGAAUAAAACAACUGCGUUCAGGUGGUACACCGAUCAGAGGAGCACUUCAAAUUGAGAACAGUGAGGAGUCAGACCAGGGCAAGUACGAGUGUGUGGCAGUCAACAGCGCCGGGACUCGCUACUCUGCACCAGCCAACCUUUAUGUUCGAGUUCGCCGCGUGCCUCCCCGUUUCUCCAUCCCGCCCACCAACCACGAGGUGAUGCCCGGCGGCAGCGUCAACCUGACAUGCGUGGCGGUCGGCGCUCCCAUGCCUUACGUCAAGUGGAUGACCGGCGAGGUGGAGCUGACCCGCGAGGAGGAGAUGCCCAUCGGCCGCAACGUCCUGGAGCUCACCACCAUCCGCCAAUCGGCCAACUACACCUGCGUGGCCAUAUCGUCGCUGGGCAUGAUCGAGACCACGGCCCAGAUUACUGUGAAAGCACUGCCAAAACCGCCCGCCUCCCUCAUUGUGACAGAAACCACAGCAACCAGUGUCACCCUGACCUGGGACUCUGGUAACCCAGAACCCGUGUCCUACUACGUGAUCCAGUACCGCUCCAAGCUGUCCGACAACGGCUUCCAGGAAGUAGACGGAGUAGCCACCACCAGAUACAGCAUCGGCGGCCUCAGCCCCUUUUCCGAAUAUGAAUUCCGCGUCAUGGCUGUCAACAACGUCGGCCGGGGCCCGCCAAGUGGCAUAGUGGACACACGUACCAGCGAGCAAGCUCCUUCAUCGCCUCCUCUACACGUGCAGGCACGCAUGCUGAGUUCCAGCACCAUGCUGGUCCAGUGGGAACCUCCAGAGGAGCCCAAUGGUCAAAUCCGAGGAUAUAGGGUCUACUACAGCUCUGCCCACGACACCCCGCUCAGCGCCUGGCAGAAACACAACACUGAUGACAGCCACCUCACGACCAUUUCAGGCCUGACCACAGACAUCACCUACAGCCUGAGGGUGCUGGCCUUCACCUCAGUGGGAGACGGGCCUCCCUCUGAUGUCCUGCAGAUCAAGACCAAGCAGGGAGUUCCUGCUCAGCCGUCUGGGCUCGAGGCCGAGGCUGAGCUGGACUCAAGGAUCAUGCUGUCGUGGCUGUGGCCGGUUCAGGACGCCAUCACCGGCUUUGAGCUGCUCUACUGGGAGGCCAACAGUCCCUUAGACAAGCAACGUGCCACCUUCGGCCCAGCGGGCUUCUACGCAGUGGAUGGUCUGAGGCCAGAUACGAUGUACAUGUUUUCUCUGGCAGCAAGAUCUGAGAUGGGUUUAGGAGUCUUUUCUCAGCCUAUCGAGGCCAGAACCGCCCAGUCCACCCCUUCGGCCCCGCCACAGGACGUACGCUUGCUCAGCCUCAGCUCCACCAGCAUCAAGGUGAGCUGGGUGCCGCCGCCCAAAGACAGCCACCACGGUGAGAUAGUGCGCUACUCCCUCGCCUACCAGGCAGUCACAGGGGAGGACAUGGAGCGCCACCAGGUGUCAGGGACGAUCGGCGCUAACGUCACAAGCUACGUGCUGGACGACCUGGAGAGGUGGACCGAGUAUUUGGUGUGGGUGAGGGCUUACACGGACGUCGGGCCUGGUCCAGAGAGCCCUACAGCCCGCGUCAGAACCAAGGAGGAUGUGCCCGGAGCUCCUCCCAGAAAGGUGGAGGCCGACGCCCUCAACUCCACCAGCAUCAGAGUGACCUGGAAGCCUCCGCUGUCUGUGAAGCAGCACGGUCAGAUCAGAGGCUACCAGCUGGUCUACUCCAGGCUGGAGAACGGCGAGGCUCACGGGCAGCCGGUCAUCGUGGACGUCGCCCUGCCUGACGCACAGGAGGCCAUGAUAACCGGCCUUCUCCCCGAGACGACCUACUCGCUGACUGUAGCCGCAUACACAACGAAGGGCGAUGGAGCGCGCAGCAAAGCCAAGGUGGUCACCACCACAGGAGCAGUGCCCGGUAAGCCCACCAUGAUGAUCAGCACCACCAUUGGGAACACUGCCUUGAUCCAGUGGCAGCCUCCUAAAGAGAUGGUGGGGGAGCACGUGGGUUAUCAGCUGCAGUUUAAGAGAGCAGAGGAGGAGGCUUUCACCGUCAAAGACUUCAGAAAGACCGACGAUCACUUCACGGUCACCGGCCUCCACAAAGGAGCCACCUACGUCUUCAAACUGUGUGCCAAAAACCGCGCCGGCAACGGGGAGGAGUACGUGAAGGAGAUCAGCACCCCGGAAGAUAUUCCCAGCAGCUACCCGCUGAAUCUGAGCGUGGUCGGCCUGACCGCCACCUCCACCCAGCUGGCCUGGGACCCGCCCCCUCUGGCCGAGAGGAACGGGAAGGUCGUCAAGUACGUGGUGGUGUACCGAGACAUCAACAGCCAGCACAACAACACCAACAUCACCACGGAGACGCGCAUGACCGUCCAGGGUCUGCAGCCCGACACGACCUACGACAUCCGAGUCCAGGCUUUCACCAGUAAAGGGGGAGGUCCCAUCAGCCCCAGCAUCCAGAGCAGGACCAUGUCCAUGUCCAUGCCAGACCUUCCCCCAGUGUUCACCAAGAACUUUGGAGUGACGGCCGUGACGAAGACGUCUGUCCUGCUGACCUGGGAAGUGCCCGAAUCCUACAAGUCUCAAGUGCCUCUGAAGAUCCUGUACAACCAGCAGAGUGUGGAGGUCCAGGGCAGCCUGAAGAGGAAGCUCAUCACGCAGCUGCAGCCCGACACUGAUUACUCCUUUGUGCUGAUGAGUCGGGGGAACAGCGCCGGCGGCCUCCAGCAGCAGGUCUCCAUCAGGACGGCUCCAGACCUGCUGAAGACCAAGCCUGCUGUUUACCAACAGGACGUGGAGGAGGGCGGCAAAGUGAGCGUCAGUCUGCCCCGGGCGCCUGCAGGAGCCCCUGUCAGGUGGUUCUACAUCGUGGUCGUCCCUGUCUCUGCAGCGUCUCUGAACAAAUGGGAGACGCCUGAAGACAUGGACAUACAUGAGCUCCUGGAGACUGGCGCUGACAGCAGUCUGCAGAGAAGGCGGAGACAGAGCCAGGAUUUCCUGCGGCCCUACAUCGCUGCCAAGGUGGACGCCCUGCCUGACGUCUUCACUCUGGGCGAUGAGCGGAAGUACAACGGCUACUACAACAAAGCACUCGUUGGCCAACAGCAGUACCGCUGCUUUGUGCUGGCUGACCUGACGGACCAUGAAUCUCAGUGGACGUUCGCGGCCAGUCCCUUCUCUGAGCCCGUGAUGGCGAAGCUCCACAGCGGCAUGACGAGACAGACCGAGGAGCCGGAGAUGCUGUGGGUGAUGGGUCCGGUCCUGGCCGUCAUCCUCAUCAUCAUCAUCGUCAUCGCUAUUCUACUCUUCAAGAGCAAACAAGAAAGGAAAAGAACGUGUCCGGCCAAAGACGAGCACAUGGCGGGGGUCAAGGACUCACUGCUGGCCCACUCCUCAGACCCUGUGGAGAUGAGAAGACUCAACUACCAGACACAAGGUUCCAGUGUCCUCAGUUGCCCGAACACUGCAAGGAUGAGGGAACAUCCUCCCAUCGCCAUCUGUGACCUGGCUGACCACAUCGAGAGACUCAGAGCCAACGACGGCCUGCGCUUCUCGCAGGAAUACGAGUCUGUCGAUCCAGGACAGCAGUUCACGUGGGAGCACUCCAACCUGGAGGUCAACAAGCCAAAGAACCGCUAUGCAAAUGUCAUCGCCUACGACCACUCGAGGGUCAUCCUCACUCCUGUGGACGGAGUUCCAGGCAGCGACUAUAUCAACGGCAACUACAUUGAUGGCUACAGGAAGCAGAACGCUUACAUCGCCACGCAGGGGCCGCUGCCGGAGACGCUGACUGACUUCUGGAGGAUGGUGUGGGAACAGAGAACCUGCACCAUCGUGAUGAUGACGCGCCUCGAGGAGAAGUCACGGGUUAAGUGUGACCAGUAUUGGCCGAGUCGAGGCACAGAGACCUAUGGGAUGAUUCAGGUGACCAUGUUGGACACAGUGGAGCUGGCGACGUACAAUGUACGCACCUUCGCCCUCUAUAAGAAUGGCUCUAGUGAGAAGAGAGAGGUGCGACAGUUCCAGUUCAUGGCUUGGCCAGACCACGGAGUGCCUGAGUAUCCAACCCCAACGCUGGCCUUCCUCCGCCGAGUCAAGGCCUGUAACCCUCCAGACGCUGGACCCAUGGUGGUCCACUGCAGUGCCGGCGUGGGCCGGACGGGCUGCCUCAUCGUGAUCGAGGCCAUGCUGGAGAGGAUGAAGCACGAGAAGUCGGUGGACAUUUACGGCCACGUGACGUGUAUGCGCGCUCAGAGGAACUACAUGGUGCAGACGGAGGAGCAGUACAUAUUCAUCCACGAGGCCCUGCUCGAAGCCGCGGUGUGCGGCAACACGGAGGUCCCCGCCCGCAACCUGUACGCCCACAUCCAGAAGCUCACCCAGAUCCCUCCAGGAGACACCGUCACCACCAUUGAACUGGAGUUCAAGAAACUGGCCAACUCCAAAGCACAUACCUCAAGAUUCAUCAGUGCCAACUUGCCGUGUAACAAAUUCAAGAAUCGCCUGGUGAACAUCAUGCCUUUCGAGUCCACCCGCGUCUGCCUGCAGCCAAUCAGAGGGGUGGAGGGCUCCGACUACAUCAAUGCCAGCUUCAUUGACGGAUACAGGCAGCAGAGAGCAUACAUGGCCACCCAGGGCCCGUUAUCUGAGACCACAGAGGACUUCUGGAGAAUGUUGUGGGAGCACAACUCCACCAUCGUCGUCAUGCUCACCAAGCUGCGCGAGAUGGGACGGGAAAAGUGCCAUCAGUACUGGCCCGCAGAGCGCUCCGCACGUUACCAGUACUUUGUUGUGGACCCGAUGGCCGAGUACAACAUGCCUCAGUACAUCCUGAGAGAGUUCAAAGUCACAGACGCCAGGGACGGUCAGUCGAGGACCAUCAGGCAGUUUCAGUUCACAGACUGGCCAGAGCAGGGAGUGCCAAAAACUGGAGAGGGAUUCAUCGACUUCAUCGGCCAGGUCCAUAAAACCAAGGAGCAGUUUGGACAAGACGGACCGAUCACUGUCCACUGCAGUGCUGGUGUUGGACGGACCGGUGUGUUCAUCACCCUGAGCAUCGUCCUGGAGAGGAUGAGGUAUGAAGGCGUGGUCGACCUCUUCCAGACGGUCAAGACGCUCCGAACUCAGCGGCCGGCCAUGGUGCAGACAGAGGACCAGUACCAACUGUGUUACCGGGCUUCUCUGGAGUACCUGGGAAGCUUCGAUCACUAUGCAACAUAACCCUGCCCGCCCAGACAGAUAACACUCAGAAGAAUUUGGUGUCUCCUCUGAGCCAUAAUAAUCCACUCAGCUCCAAUCGGCCCCUGCAGUCUGAUGAGGAGGUUACAAGGAAGACGGUGGGGGGGGGGGGGCGGGGGGAGCAGGAACUGGAAACCCCUCCACCCCCAGCUGGACUGUACCAUAAUCCUGCCACAAAACCAACACCAAAACCUCCCAAACUAAAAAAAAAGAAGAAAAAACAACCACCCUGAAAGACUCCCGCCUCAUUCUCCUGUCAACAACCCCCCCCCCCAUUUCUGCCUCCUCCCAAUAGCAAAAACAAUCUUUUUCUUUUCUGCUAUUGUCAUUUAUAUUCAUCAUUACUAUGCUGUUAUGGAUAUUUAGAAAUGAUUUUGUAAUCACUUACACUGGUUACUAUAUGUCUUAAUGGGUCUUUUUGUUUGUUUGUUUGUUUUUUUUAUUUGUUUUUUUGAACUUUUAAUUAUUUUUAUUAGCACUAAGAACAUGUAUUUUCAACAUGCUCCGAUUUAUUAAUACCGCAGAGCUUAUACUCACAGCUGCUAAUCAUUUUUAUUUUCUACCAUAGAUAUACAGUAUAUAUAUAUGAUAGUCUGACGUUAUCAUCACUGCACUGGACCUGGUCAGCGGGGGGAACAUCGUGGCUUUGACUCCCUGUCUUCACAUCCAGCAGAGUGGUGACGGUGAUAUCACAGAUAAAAUAUACGCAGAGCUAAAUACAUCGACAAAGACUGGUCACCUGGAAACAGCCACCACAGAUCUGAACAAACAAAAUAUGCUGUUGGAUUCAAGUCAAAUAUGUGUGAAAUAUGUGUGACGACUUAAAAUCCAAGUCACUGCAUGAAAACAGAGAAGAAAAAGACAAGUUCUCACUCAUUUUGUACCAAUUUAUCCUCCGUGUGAGGGUCGCGGGGGCUGCUGGAGCCAAUCCCAGCUGACACGGGCUGAAAGGCGGGGUCACAUGUGUCCAAUUAACCUCUACAUGGUCGUGGACGAUGGAAGGAAACCGGAGAAUCUGGAGAAAAAAAGCCACGUGCACACACACAAAGAACAUGCUUGGGAUUCGAACUGGUGACCUUCUUGCUGUGAGGCGACAUUGCUAGCCACUACACGGCCCCAUGUUGCAAGUUAUUUUCUAGAAUUCAACCAAGACUAAAAACAGAGCAUGACCCUCAUUUAUGCAUAAUUUCAUCAUUUUAUUUCGUCAUAAUAAUCCAGUGAAAAGACUUAAACACAGACACAGAAUGGACCCAUAAUCAGAUGGAGAUUAUUUUAUCACCAACUACUGUAGUAGAGGAGAGCAGUGGAUUAAAUGGCAGGUAGACUGUAAGCAAAAGACUUAUGGAGAUGUGAUACACCUGUUGGCUCCGCCCACACCUGCAGACAGAGACAUCAACAUGUGUUUAAUGUUGUUUCAGUAGCAUUUCCAUUCACAUUUGGUCCCGUUAUGUGUGUUUAAGGGCUCGUACACAUGAGAAGGGAGGAUUUGAAAAGGUUUCCUUAUCAAACCAGAACCAGCAGAACCAGCAUUUGGGAGCUCUUAACUGCUAGUUUUUUGUUGUUGUUGAAAAAAACAAAACUCAAAACUCCACCCUUGUUUACAACUAAUACACAACGUUUGGAAAAAGAUGAUGUCAUAAGCUCCACCUAGUGUCAAACAUUCGCUGUUGUCAGCUUCUACUUCUAGCGUUUGGAGUUUGCACUCGGCUAACGCGCUCCAUGUUGUCUUUACUUAACUGCAGCGUGGAGAGUCAUUUUUGGGGGGUAUCACGUGUUUAUGAAAACAUUUCUUGUCUUUACUUUUUUUUUUUUAAAUGCGUUCAUAGCGACGUAACCUUUGUCCAUUUCUGUUUACGAUGCUAAUAUUAAGCUUAAAGUUUUUGAUAAGUGAGUGUGGAGAAGCUAGCAGUGGCAGGCUACACACUACACUAAAAAAAUACGAUGAUAUGCCCCACCCCCUUAUGUUGAAGCCCCACCCCUAAAACACUGGAAGUCAUCUGGAGUGAAACGGUUUAUUUCGGCUGUACUUUAUCUGCCGUUGUUUGCCAACUUAUGGCUCCCGCCUCAGCUUCUCUGGCUUUUUUAAUGAAGACUGGUCAUGCGACAUGAGAGUGUGGGCGGGGCUUGUGUGUACAGGUGGACAGGUCAGAUAGUCUUUUCAUGAGGUCUGAGUGAAACAAUGACUGUUUUAGUGUUUAUUACAGUACUGCUACCAUUUUCCAGAAAAGCUGAUCUAUUACUGGCUCUCGGGGCGUGAAUUGGAUCAGAGACAAAUUACAGACCUAAGCUUUAAAACACGGUAAUAUACACUCCCCACUGAUGUUCUUCCUGCUGGAUGUCUUGAUGCUGAAUUGGGGAUUUAAGUGUCACUAUUAAAUCACACAGUCUCAGAUGCCUUUUACCAGGGAGAUUGAAUAUGGUUCAUUGUCAUUGUCAUUUUCUUUUUUUUUAAUCAAUCAAUUAGACUUACAUUUAUAGAUCACUUUUCAUACAAAUAUAAAUUGUAGCACAAAGUGCUUUUACACGAUAAAAUCAGAAGACCUGAGGGUUCUAAAAGACUUAAAGGGUUAAAGCAAGUCAGAUAAAGACCAUUAAUUACUGUAAGAGCUUUAAAAAACAAUAAAAAGGAGCUUAAAAUUGAUUCUGAAACUCAGAGACUUGAGGAUUGGUGUGAUGUGUGCACACUUCUUGCGUACUCGUACUUUGCACAAUAUUUCCAGAUAUUGUGUUGGUACAGUUCACAACGUACUGCACCAAACACCACACAGAGGAGUGAGUUUCAGUGUUAAUUCCCUUUCAUGACUUUCUGUUUGCACACAUGGCUUCACCGAGACAUGAUGCACACGACGACGUUCCCGGAUCUGAUGUAUGAUAAUAGUACGGCUCUACUACUUCGUCACUGUGUUGCAGAGGGACAGACGGAGGUUUUUUUUGCGCCGGAUGAGAUGAGAUGAGGAGGUUUUGGAUAGAGUGGGAGUUUGUGCUGUCGUGGUCCUAUCUGUUGUAUACAUGAUCUGUUUUCUAUUUGUUAAUAAAAAGCAGAAAAAAUGUCUUGAAAAUCUUGAUGUUAAUAAACUUGACUGGGUUUGUAAUACAAAA